CUUCUGCUCUGCAUCUUCACCUUUGCCAUGGUCCUGGUUCCUGAAGCGAAGGACCAAAGCAAGGCGGUGAAGGGGAGGAGAAGGGGCCUGGCACGGCCCCCCACGGCGGCCCCUGCCCUGGCCUGGGCCCUGGAUGACCCCUACACCCCCAUGGCAGACUAUGAGCGCAGCAUCCAGGACAUGGUGCGCCAGCUGAAGAACAGCUCCGAGCCCGGAGACACCAAGUGCCAGGUCAACCUGAGGCUCUGGAGGUCCAACCGGAGGAGCCUGUCCCCCUGGGCAUACAGCAUAAACCAUGAUGCCACGCGGAUCCCGGCAGACAUUCCCGAGGCCCGAUGCCUCUGCACUGGCUGCAUCAACCCCUUCACGAUGCAGGAGGACCGUACCAUGGCCAGCAUUCCCAUCUACAGCCGGCUGCCCGUCCGCCGGCUGCUCUGCCAGGUGCCGGGUGAGGUGGGGCACAAGCCCUCUGGGAAGAAGUGUCACAAGAAGUACCAGACGGUCAUGGAGACCAUCGCUGUGGGCUGCACCUGCAUCUUCUGA